GGCACCCAGCGAUAGCGGAAAUGCUCACUCACUGACCAUAAGAUCAUCUCGAUCCUUUUCUCUUCCGCGAUAUUUAUCGCGUGGAAGGGUAGCGUCGAAAACGAGUGCAAUCAGCCAAGAAGUUACGCGUUGUCCGUGGGCCUCAUGAAUGGCCUUGCCGCUGGCCACGGGACGGGAGCGGCGAUCGGGCCUUUCAUAUUUUAGCCCACUGGCCUUCUAACAUAUUAAAACAACUGCCCAGAAAGGCGAGAGUCCUUUCGCAGGUACACGCCCCUUAUAAAAGCGAACGGGAACUUUACUGCUAGUCGGCUUUCGCACUCGGGAUUCUGAAGGCAUAAACAUGAAGGUUGUCAUUCUGCUGCUGUGCUGUUUUCUCGCCACUGCCAGGGGUGGAGUAGUUGUGGCACCUGCUGCACAAGCUGUCUUGGAGGCUGGAACGUCGGUGCAGCACCAUCAGCAAGACAAUGCUGGCAACUACAACUUUGGCUACGAAGAGAACCAUACAUCUGGCGGUUCCUUCCGCAAGGAGUCCGGCGAUGCCCUGGGGAAUAAAGUCGGUUCCUACGGUCUGCACGACGCUGAUGGACGUGUGCGCGUCGUCAACUACGUAGCCGACGCCCUCGGCUUCCGUGCAGCUAUUCAGUCUAACGAGCCUGGCGUUGAGCCUAAGGAUCCUGCAGCCGCCACAGUUAACAAGCCCGUUGUGGGUGUUGCCCCUGCUGUUGUAGCAUCUGCUCCCGUUGUCGCCGCUGCCCCAGCGGCCACCACAGCGGUUCAUGUGGCACCAGUUGCUCAUAAUGCGGUAGCUACUCCACUGCAUAGCCUGGUGCCUUCCCAUGCGCCAGUCACCCACUCGUUUGUAUCAGGUCCCUCUCUUGCUGCUGCCUUUGCAGCUAAAGGGACCCCAGUGGCUCUCUCCCAUUUUCUCACUGCCGCUCGCCCACAGUCCACCCAGGCGAUUGUUUCUGCUGAAGCUCCCGUGGCCCACACCGUCUUUGCCGCCCGUCCAGCCUCUUCCCACGUCGUAGUGCCCGCUCCAGCUCCAGUUGCCAACACUGUCGUUGCAGCCGGCCCAUCUUAUUCUUUUGCACCUGCACCUGCAUCUGCUCCAGUUACGCAUACUGUUGUCUCUGCUCCAGCUCCUGCUGCCGUUGCGCACGUUGUCUCUGCUCCUGCUCCAGCGGCCGUUCCCCAUACUUUUGUCUCUGCUCCUGCUCCAGCAGCCGUUCCGCAUACUUUUGUCUCUGCUCCUGCGCCAGUAGCCGUUCCGCAUACUUUUGUCUCUGCUCCUGCUCCAGCAGCCGUUCCGCAUACUUUUGUCUCUGCUCCUGCUCCAGCAGCAGUUCCGCAUACUUUUGUCUCUGCUCCUGCUCCAGCAGCCGUUCCGCAUACUUUUGUCUCUGCUCCUGCUCCAGCAGCCGUUCCGCAUUUUGUCUCUGCUGCUGCUCCAGCUGCAGUUACACAUGUUGUCUCUGCCCGUGCUCCAGCUCCAGCUGCUGUUGCGCAUAGCGUUGUUACUGCUCCAGCUGUCCAGGCAGCUGUCCACACGGUAUCUGGUCAUCAGGUCCCGGUUGCACAUUCCUACGUCUCCGGUGCGGCUUCAGUGCCUCACUCCCUAGUAACUGGGCCAGCCCCAUUCCGGUACGUCGCUCCCCACGUAGUCCCAGGAGUUCACAAUGUUGUCGCCACACCAGUAGCCAAAGCUCCGGUCGUAGCUCACUAUGGCCACGUUACUGCUGCAGCUCCUCACUACUUCAGCACAGCAGUAGCUAAAGCGCCAGUUGUAGCUCAGUACGGCUAUACUGCUGCCCCGGUAGCUCACCUCUCACAAUAUGUCGCGUCUACACCAGUCUCUCAGGUAGCUGGCCCAGCGUACUAUGCUCGGUACGCCCCUCAAGCUGCAUUAGUCAAAGUCGGUGCUCCAGCAGCCUUUGUCUCUGAUCACUCACAAGUAGCCUUGGCUGCAUCUGCUCCCGUCGCUACUGCCGUUCAGGCUGUUUCUUACGUCCCAGCUCAAGCUGCUCCGCACGUUGUCACUAACCAAGUCGUUGCCAAGACUUCCCCAGUCCUGCAUGCUGCAUCACCUGCUUUGGUGCAGUAUGCGCCAGCUGCUGUACCAGCCAAAGCUGCAUCACCCACUUACGUUCAGGGACUCAUCAGGCCUCUUUCUUACGCUCCUGCUCCACCUUUUACACCUUACGGCACCUCAGCCACCGUCACGAACAACCACCCUAAUGGGUACUCCUUCACCAGAAUCGAGCCGAACGCCGUGACCACGCACGAAGAGUUCUCGUAUAGCGUUCCAGUCUACGGUUACUCUUACUCGCCUGUGUCUUACGCUGGAAAGGUUGUGUACCCGUUCAAGAAAUAAAAGCGCUAGCCGCCUUAGUACAUAGCAUAGAACACUAACUAACGCGGCGUUUUAUUUUGAUCUUUUCUGCAGCUAAGCAGCUGUUAUGGAGCACCACCUCUGUACAUAAAUUGCAUGUAACGUCCAUGCUGCGCCAGAUGCAUGGUAUUACGUCGUGAAAUAAAGGGUAAAUAUUGAG